AUGGCUAUAAGCAAACUAGAAUCAUUGCAACAGUUUGCUGAUCAGAAGAAGAAGAUGUCUCCUCGAUUAGUGCCAUGUAGUGCCACUUUUGUGCCUUUUCCAGGACUUGAAUCAUCAUUGUCUGAAACAGGACAAAGAGUUCAAGUGGAAUUUUAUGUAAAUGAAAACACUUUUAAAGAGAGACUGAAACUUUUCUUCAUUAAAAACCAAAGAUCAAGUCUUCGAAUUCGGCUGUUCAACUUUUCCCUCAAACUUCUAAGCUGCAUGUUGUAUAUAGUCCGUGUUCUACUGGAUAACUCAAAUAAAACUAAAGGAACAUGGUCUUCCAUAAUAUGGGUGGAGAGAAGUUUGCCCCUGUGGGGAUUACAGGUAACAGUCGCUCUCAUCAGCCUUUUAGAAACUAUCUUGCUUAGUUACCUCAGCUACAAGGGGAAUAUCUGGGAACAGAUUUUGCGAAUACCUUUCAUAUUGGAAAUGAUUAACACUGUGCCAUUUAUAAUUACAAUUUUUUGGCCCCCUUUAAGAGACCUAUUUGUUCCUGUUUUCCUGAAUUGUUGGCUGGCAAAACAUGCCUUAGAAAAUAUGAUUAAUGAUCUUCACAGAGCAAUACAAAGAACACAGUCAGCAAUGUUUAAUCAAGUUUUAAUUUUAAUAUCCACUUUGUUAUGUCUCAUCUUUACUUGCAUCUGUGGAAUUCAGCAUCUGGAGCGAGCUGGAAAUAAUUUGACACUGUUUGAUUCUCUCUACUUCUGCAUUGUUACUUUUUCCACUGUGGGUUUUGGGGAUGUUACCCCACAGAUCUGGCAAUCCAAACUUCUGGUGGUCAUAAUGAUCUGUGUUGCAUUAGUUGUUCUCCCAAUCCAGUUUGAGCAGUUGGCCUAUCUGUGGAUGGAAAGGCAAAAGUCGGGAGGAAACUACAGCCGACACCGAGCACAGACAGAAAAACAUGUAGUGUUAUGUGUCAGUUCUUUGAAGAUUGAUCUACUAAUGGAUUUCUUGAAUGAAUUCUAUGCACACCCAAGGCUUCAGGAUUAUUAUGUGGUGAUCUUGUGUCCUACGGAGAUGGAUGUUCAAGUCAGGCGUAUUCUUCAAAUUCCAAUGUGGUCCCAAAGAGUCAUCUACUUACAAGGCUCAGCACUUAAAGAUCAGGAUCUAUUAAGAGCAAAAAUGGAUGAUGCCGAGGCAUGUUUUAUACUGAGCAGCAGAUGUGAAGUAGAUAGGACAGCAGCUGAUCAUCAAACAAUAUUAAGAGCCUGGGCAGUCAAAGACUUUGCUCCAAGUUGCCCCCUAUACGUUCAGAUAUUGAAACCUGAGAAUAAAUUCCAUGUCAAAUUUGCAGAUCAUGUUGUAUGUGAAGAAGAAUUUAAAUAUGCAAUGCUUGCUCUAAAUUGCAUAUGUCCAGCUACCUCUACAUUAAUCACUUUGCUGGUUCAUACCUCAAGAGGACAAGAAGGACAACAGUCCCCAGAGCAAUGGCAGAAAAUGUAUGGCAGAUGCUCAGGAAAUGAGGUCUACCAUAUUAAUAUGGAGGAAAGCUUAUUCUUUGCAGAAUAUGAAGGAAAAAGCUUCACAUAUGCUUCAUUUCAUGCACAUAAAAAAUUUGGUGUCUGCCUAAUUGGCGUUAAAAGAGAAGAUAACAAAAACAUCUUGCUAAACCCGGGACCACGUUACAUAAUGAGCUCUACUGACACCUGCUUUUAUAUUCAUGUGACAAAAGAAGAGAAUUCAGCUUUGAAACAACACGAGCAGCUUGAGAAAUUCCGCAAAUACAAAUCAUAUCAUGGACCAUCCCGUCUACCUGUCCAUAGUAUAAUCGCCAGCAUGGGCACAGUAGCGAUAGAUCUGCAAGACACGAGCUGUCAUUCUACCAGUGGGCCAAACCUAGCACUCCCUUCAGAAGCUAAUAAAGAAGGAAGAAGAGUCAGCAUUGCACCGGUGCUGGAACUUGCAGAUAAUGCAAAUAUACAGCCAUGUGAUCUUCUCAGUGACCAGUCAGAAGAUGAAACCAACCCAUCUGAUGAUGAAUGUUCAGACUGCAAAGGGUACACUAAAGGUUAUCCUCCAAAUUCACCAUACAUAGGCAGCUCACCUACCUUUUGUCAUCUGUUGCCAGAAAAAGUUCCGUUUUGCUGUUUACGAUUAGAUAAGGGUUGUCAACAUAACUAUUAUGAAGAUGCUAAAGCCUAUGGUUUUAAAAAUAAGGUCAUCAUUGUUGCAGCAGAGACAGCAGGCAAUGGACUGUACAAUUUCAUUGUGCCUCUCAGAGCUUAUUAUAGACCAAAGAAAGAGCUUAAUCCAAUCAUACUACUGCUGGAUAAUCCGCCCGAUAUGCACUUUCUGGAUGCGAUCUGUUUUCCGAUGGUCUACUACAUGGUUGGCUGCAUAGACAACCUAGAUGACUUGCUAAAGUGUGGUGUAACAUUCGCAGCCAACAUGGUGGUUGUGGACAAAGAAAGCACAAUGAGUGCCGAGGAAGACUAUAUGGCAGAUGCAAAGACAAUAGUCAAUGUGCAGACACUUUUCAGGUUAUUUUCGAGUCUCAGCAUCAUCACAGAGCUAACACAUCCAGCAAAUAUGAGAUUCAUGCAGUUUAGGGCUAAGGACUGUUAUUCUUUAGCUCUUUCUAAGCUUGAGAAGAAAGAGAGAGAACGCGGAUCAAAUCUUGCAUUCAUGUUUCGCCUUCCUUUUGCUGCUGGAAGAGUAUUCAGUAUCAGCAUGUUAGAUACAUUGUUAUAUCAGUCAUUUGUGAAAGACUAUAUGAUCUCCAUCACAAGACUGCUGCUGGGACUGGACACCACGCCAGGGUCUGGCUUUCUUUGUUCUAUGAGAAUUACAGAGGAUGAUUUAUGGAUCAGGACAUAUGGAAGACUUUACCAGAAACUAUGCUCAUCAUCUGGAGACAUUCCAAUUGGAAUCUACAGAACAGAGAGCCAAAAACUUAUCACAUCUGAGUCUCGAGAUAUGGCCUCGCAAUCUCAGAUAUCUAUCAGCGUUGAGGAAUGGGAAGACACAAAAGAAACCAAAGAAAUGUCAUCAAAUCGUAACAACCAUAGGAAUUCCACAUCCAGUGACCAGACAGAGCAUCCCUUACUGAGAAGGAAGAGCAUGCAGUGGGCCAGAAGACUGAGCAGAAAAGUUCCCAGACAUUCCAACAAAUCAACUGAGAGGAUAAGUCAACAAAGAAUGACAUUGUGUCGAAGAUCAGAAAGGCAAGAACUGGCUGAGUUGGUGAAGAACAGAAUGAAGCAUCUGGGGCUUUCAACAGCAGGUUACGAUGAAAUGAACGAUCAUCAGAACACCCUGUCUUACAUCCUCAUCAAUCCUUCCCCGGACACCAGACUGGAACUGAAUGAUGUUGUCUACCUGAUCAGAGCAGAUCCACUGUCAUAUGUUCCAGCCAAUGCAUCAAGCCGGAAAAGCAGCUUUUGCAACACAACCUGCCAAGACUCGAGGGAUGACACGCAGCUUUGA